AAAACCCUUGUUCGUGCGUGAGUUGAGUCCCUUUGUGUUCUGUCUCUCUGCGUUUGUGUGUGUCUGCCUAUCUAUCUCUCUGAAAAUCUGUCUCUAAACUAUAGUUGAGUUUGUGUUAUAGACACAGAAUUUAAGGUUUUGUGAGAGAUAGUAAUAAUAAUAUUGUUUUUUAAGCAAAAAAAAAAAAAAAGUUAAGAAUGGGGAGAGAGGUUGUUCAGCCACCACAACAACAACAACAAACGGUGCCGUAUACGGUGGAGCAGCUGGUGGCCGUGAAUCCGUACAAUCCAGACAUCCUUCCUGAUCUCGAAAACUACGUUAACGAACAGGUGUCUUCACAAACAUACAGCCUUGAUGCAAAUCUCUGCCUUCUUCGCCUUUAUCAGUUUGAACCAGAGCGAAUGAGUACUCAAAUUGUGGCUCGCAUUUUGGUUAAGGCACUCAUGGCAAUGCCAGCUCCAGAUUUCAGCCUGUGUCUCUUUUUGAUUCCAGAAAGAGUGCAAAUGGAGGAGCAGUUCAAGACCUUGAUAGUGCUCUCACACUAUUUGGAGACAGGAAGAUUCCGUCAGUUCUGGGAUGAAGCAGCUAAGAGUCGUCACAUAGUUGAAGCUGUGCCAGGUUUUGAGCAAGCAAUCCAAGCCUAUGCAAUUCAUGUCCUUUCCUUGACUUAUCAAAAAGUUCCCAGACCUGUGCUUGCUGAGGCUAUCAACAUCGAAGGUCUGUCCUUGGACAAAUUCCUUGAGCACCAGGUAGCAAAUUGUGGUUGGAUCCUUGAGAAAGGUCAUGGCAGAGGCCAACUCAUUGUCCUACCUCGCAGUGAAUUCAACCAUCCUGAGCUGAAGAAAAACAAUGCAGAUGGCAUUCCAUUUGAUCACAUAGCCCGUAUCUUUCCCAUUCUUGGUUGACCUUUCCGCUGGAGAAUAGGAGUUUUUGGGUUCUAUCUUGUGUUCUGAGCUGAAGUAUUGGGAUUCUAAGACUAGUUCUGCUGCUUUACUCACACUCUAGUUCAUUUUUUGAUAUGCUACUUGGGCAGACCACCGUGACUCUGUUUUGUUGUAUUUUGGAUUUAUUCAGAAAAAUAUUUUAUGCUGCUAUACUUGAGGUAUUAAUGAUCUUGCGUCUUGGACAAA